UUAUUUUCUUAAAACAUACAAUUAUGUGGGCCGAACAAGAAAAAUAUAAAAAUCAUUUCCUGCAAAUGCAAUUAAAGCAUGUAAAACCUAAACAAAUUAAUGAAAUGCUAGACAAGGAAAUCCUUAAAUAUCAGACUAGGCGAGGGCGACGAGGCUAUUGCAAUAUUCUCUCUCAUACUAAAGCUAGUGUUUGCAAAAGUGCUUUAUAUUUUGAGGAUCGUGCCGAAUUGGCUUAUGGUUUAGGGACAUUACCCAAACUAAUGAAACAACUGGGCAGUGAUGACUAUUUGACACAAUGGAAGGCUAUUAACUCGCUCUCGGAAUACAUGGUUAAUCCGCUAAAUGCUCAGAGAGCCAUAACACAGUUUGACAUUGUGAGAAGAUGUCAAAAUGUAUUUUUGCGCAUACGCUUGAAGUAUCGCAAAGUUAAAUAUCGGGAAACUACUAAAUUGUUGAAUAUAUUUUACUACAUAGCUUUGCAUAGAAAUGGCGCCCGGAAAAUCUUGGAAAAAUAUCGUUUACUAGAUCAAUUCUACAAGAUAGUUUAUGAUCGUAAAGAACAUCUAGAAGCUUUGAGCAAAAUCUUGUCUCUACUUAGUCAAGAUCCUCAAAAUUGUCUACAACUUAUAGAUGACUAUGAAGUUUUAAACAAAUUGUCGGAUAUUUGGCAAAGAGAUGUCUGUGUUUCCUAUUAUCCCCAGGAUUUGUGGCUACAUUUAAUGCACAUCUUGGAGCAGGCACCCCGGGAAGCCAUUAAAAAAGGUUUCUUUGAAAUUCUAUUCAAGCGUAUUCGAGGCCACUUAUUUCAAUAUCAUGUUUGGGAUAUGAAAUGUUUUGCUUUGCUAUUGCGUUGCUGUGAGGGUCAAACACUUUUCUUAGAAAUGGAUGGUGGAAAAUUGCUGUAUACAAUAUUGAAAGAGGAGCUGUUGGAUUGCUAUGAAAAUGUAGUUUUCUGUUUAAUGAAUGGCUUAUUUUCGAAAAAGAUUUUAUGGAGAUGUAGAGAAUUCACCGAUUUACCUUUAAUUAUAACAAAGUUGGCCAAAGAUUGUAACAAAUUAAGGCAACAAUUGUUUUGUUUGCAGACUUUACGCGAAUUGGGUGUUAUGCCGGUGAUAAAACGUUUUAUUAAAGCCAACUGUUUAAAGGAUCUCAGGAAUCUAACAUGCAAAACCUGGACCAAUGAGAAGGCUCGCUUGGAAAUUGUUUAUUGGCUGGAAAGAGAGAUUUACCAUAGCUCAGAUUUAAGAAACAUAAAAAACCCACAAAUUCGAAAAAAUUCAGAAAUAGUUCAGUAUUUCUCAUGAGGCGGUAUAUUUCGUUCAGAAAAAGUUCUAAAAAAUUAAAUUUUCCAUCCUUGCUCUAGAACCUACUGGCCAGAUUUGACAAUUUAUUAGAAUUUCAGGGAAUUUAUUUUUUUUAACGUCUCAAAUACAAUUGAAAAAAGC